AUGCACAAUGAAGAAGAGGACAGCAGCACGCCUCCCUCCUCGCCCCCGGUCGCUGCCACUGUUCGACGUAGCAAGUUCGAUGAUGAAGAGGCUGAAGAUAGCGAUGUUCUAGAUAGCUGGUCCGCCGCCGAGGAUUCCGAAGUCGAACGUGAGAAGGCCAAGGUCGUCGCAGAGAAAAAGGCCAAGGCGGAUGCGGAGGAAAAGGCAAACAAGAAGUCCAAGGCUCAGCGCAUUGCGCAGAAGCAAGCCGAGAAAGCACGAAGACUCGCAGAGGAGAGUGAGGAUGACAGCAGCGAAGAAGAUGAGGCUGCUCGAAGGGAGCGACUGCGACGAACCGAGCAGGAAUCCGAUCUGAAGCACGCGGAGGACCUGUUUGGAAACAUCGGUAUCAGCAACAAUCGCAAGGCCACUACUGCGGCGAACGCUGUUGUAGUUGACGCGAAAAACCCCAACUCUACCGUAGAUCUUACUGCGCUGCCUCUCUUCGACCCCAAGACCAAGCUCCAGUUCGAGAAGAUGCGCGAUACCCUUGUGCCGGUCAUUAGCAGCAACGCUAAGAAGGCUCAGUACGUAAUCUUCUUGCAGGAGUUCACUAAGCAGUUGGCAAAGGAGCUUCCUAGCGAUCAAAUCAAGAAGAUUGCUAGCACUCUGACUGCAUUGGGCAACGAGAAGAUGAAGGAGGAGAAGGCUGCCGAGAAGGGAGGCAAGAAGAGCAAGGCCCAGAAGACAAAGGCUACUCUGGUUGCGAACAGAAAUGCUACGGGUGCUGAUGUCAACGCGUAUGAUGAUGACUUUGGAGAUGACGAUUUUAUGUGA